UUCGGCGAAUGGGAAGGGGGAGGGGGAGGGCAGGUGAAAUUAUUCGGAAAUACAUCCCCGCCAGGAAUCUCGAGGGGGAUGAUCGCGUGCCGUCGCUAUACCGCUGCACGGGUUACACCCCAUCCACCGUUGGCGAUGGUAGAGAGAGAAUGAAAUAAAUCGGAAGAGGAAGAAUGAAAAAAACGCGAACGCGCUUUCAUAUUACACGGCGGAAUCGGUGCGUGAUUUGGAAUGGGUUCCGAAAACCGCUCGCUCUACCGUGACCGGUACGAGGUAGGGGGAGGGGGAGGGGGUUAAAAAAGUAGAAAAAGAUGAGAUAAAAGACGGAAUAAAAGGGCACAUAGGAAGGGAGAAAGAGAAGGAGGUUGAACUCAGAGUUUGUCAUUUUUCUCAGGUCUGGCAGACGCCCAGGGUUCCUUUUUGUCCUUACAGUCCGGGGCGUGAAUCUCAAAGCAAGCGAGCUUCAGUGGUAGUGACGGCGGGUGGUGUAGUGGUGGUUGGUGACGACGAGAAAAUAAGGGAGAAAAAGAAGAUGAGAAAAUAGAAGUGUGGGAGAAAGUAAAAGAGAUGUAGAGAGGCGGGUAAAAAGACAAAGAGGAAUCCUCAGCGAAUAAUGAAAGCUCGUCCCUACCCCCGCACCCCUUGCACCGCCGCGGUGUGCGCUAUAUACAUAUCUAUAUUGUGUAGACGUCCGCGGGGAUAUAAAGCUCCUCGAAAUAUCGAAAGUACGAAUUUUCCGCACAAAGCUAUAGCCGGCUUCUGAUCAUUAUUACGAUAGAACUUUUAAUACAUCAAAUUCAACAUUCCGACCGUUUCGCUCGCUUCCUCCCGAUGCACCGCAUCGAACCGUUUCUCUUUUUCCCCGUUAAUUAUUCCGUGGAUACCUUCGCGGAAAAGAUACGCUAAGAAACGAGGAGAAUCAUAUCAGCAUUUUAUCGAUACGAGCAGCGAACAUCUCGCGUUAUUGCGAUUCAGCUGCCUUUCGAACGGCGAAAAAUUUUACGCCCAAAAACAGUUGAAAUAAAAUUGAAAAAAAUUUUUGUGUUUGCUUUUUCUCCCUUCGCCAAGUCCGAAACGAACUUUGAACGGGGAAUUUAACGUGAUACGAGGUUAAUUACAAACGAACGAAUUCGGCAGACGGACGGUAUAUGAGUCAUUUGAUUGGAGCUGUAAUAAAAAUUGAAAAAUAAAAAUUAGGGGUUCGAAAUCGAGAGGAGGGUGGGCGAGAGAGAAAAAAAGAAGUCGGGGGGCGGUUUGUUGCUGCGGAAUGAGUAGAAUGGAUGUGAGAGAUAAAAAUAGACGCGAGUGAGUGAAGGGGGUGCAGGAUCUCGAGGGUGGUUGGUGGGAUCGUUCGGUGCCGAUCUCUGUUCGGGUGAGCUUUUUUCUUAUCUGGUUCCGUCCCACCGUUUCGAACCGUUCCGAAUGGGGUGAGCUGCAGAGGGGUCGCUGAAGAAACUGCAGAAGAAGAAGAAGAAGACGCGAAGUAGAAACGGUGAAACAAAAAACCUGAAGAAAAAAAAGAGUCGGGGGUUGCAGAACGGUAUAGAAUUGGUAGGACAUCGCAAGGGAUGACUAGAGCGGUUAGGGGUACGCGUUAACCAUUCCGGAGGGUGACGGAAACGUACGAGAAACCCCGAUAAAGACCGAAAUCGGAAGACCCAGAGUCAGUUUGUUCGCCGCUACGCAGCAGUGAGCGCGCGCGCCCCCAGCCGAGAGCUUUAGGGGUGGAAAUCAUACCUCGUUUAAUUUUUGAAAAGACCGUGACAAUUUUUUCUUUUCUCUUAUCUCACGUGUUGCAUAAAUGGUUCUUUUUAAAAUGUAUCGAAAAAAAAUUAUUAUCGAAUCGCAUUUUAUUUCCCCUCCAUUUCAACGAUAAAUAAAAUCAAUCGAUGAAUAAAUAGACUGUUCGAAUAAUUUAACAUACGUAGUGCAGCGUGUACUGAAUCGAACAAAGAGUAAACAAUGUAAACGUAUAAUAAAAGAUGCAAAAAGUGUGUGCAUGUAAUUUUGGAAAUGAAAAAUAGAAAAAAAAGAUUGAUCUUCACGUAAAAUUCUGAUCUCUCAAAGAAGAGUUUCCCCACGUGUAACAAAUGAUCGGUGCAGUUUAAUCGUAAUGCGAUAAAUUAAUCACCACUAUGUGAAAAUUGAAAAAAUUUGAAACGAAAAAAAAUUCUAAACAAAAAUCAGACACGUUCAUGGAGAUGAUUAAUUUUUUGUGAUUCGAACGGUUGUUACGUAGAAAAAAUAAUUCGUUGAUUAUUGAAUGUUUUUUCCGAUUGAUGAAAUAUUGUCUCUUUAUCGAAUCAGUGCAUUCGCAUGUGUAUCUGCGUGUACACUCUGAAUUGCAAAGAGCGUGCCAAAAAAUGAAAAAUUGAGCCAAGAAGAAGCGCACGGAGAGAAGUGGUGGUGUGCGUUAUUUAUUGGUUUCCAAUUCUGUGAUCACGAAAUUACGUCUACUUGUACGAUAUUCAAGAUACAACCGUACCCAACUCGAUCUAUUUUAGAUUUUUGAACGGAAAUGAAAUGAAAAUGGAAUAAAUGAAUAAAAAACGUCGAACAGCUUGCGGCGGUCGACUGUGAAAAAAAAAAACAAGAAGAAAUAAAAGGUCUCGAACAUACAAUAAUGAAGAGACUUUUGUUAGUUAGCAUUUUGAUAUUUGCUGAGGCGGAAGUUCUUAUAAGCGACGUCGAUAAGCCAAUACCGAUAAUCGAGGUCCCGGCGGUGGCCGGUUACAAGGCGCACUUGCCCUGCGAAUUGUCCCCUCCUUCACGAGACGACGUUGUCUUCAUGGUCCUAUGGUACAACGAAGGUAACGACGGCGAACCGGUGUACACGCUCGACGUUAGGGGUCGAGCUUUCGAUCAGGCGAAAUUCUGGUCGGAUUCGAAGACGUUCGGCGAGCGUGCCCUGAUGAGCGUCACCACGAAGCCGUCGGAACUCGUCAUAAAUCGAAUAAAAGUCGGCGACGCCGGUGUGUACAGAUGCCGUGUCGACUUCAAGAACAGCCCGACCAGAAACGUCAAGAUAAAUCUGACGGUGAUAGUUGAGCCGGAGAGACCGGUAAUUCUAGACGGAAACCGUCGCACCAUAGAGAAUAUAUCGCCGGUUUAUAAUGAGGGUGGAAAUUUGAGCCUAACUUGCGAAAGCUCAGGUGGAAGACCGGCGCCCAGAUUAACGUGGUAUUUCGGCAACGAGAUGCUGGACGAUUCCUUCGGUAGGGACGACGACGAUGUAACGGUAAAUCACCUCGUGGUACAAAAAAUUACCAGAGAAUAUUUCGGUGCGAGAUUGAUUUGCCAGGCGAGUAACACUAUGCUGGUGCCGGCCGUCACCGCGGAGGUCCUGCUGAACGUGAAUCUAAAACCGUUCGCCGUCAACAUAACGAGCAAGGAAUCCCAUCUCUCGGCCUUUCGGACAUACGAGAUCAACUGCACGAGCUCGGGGUCCAGACCGAAGGCGGUUAUCACCUGGUGGAAGGGCGAUCACCAGGUGAAACACAUGGCGAGAAAUUUUGCAGAGUUUCGAAACGUGACCAAGAGCAUCCUGAGCUACGUACCGACGAUAGAAGACGAUGGGAAAUAUUUGACGUGCCGAGCCGAGAACCCGGAAGUGCCAAACAGCGCGCUCGAGGACAGAUGGCAUUUGGUUAUCCAUUACCUACCGAUCGUGACGAUACGAAUCGGCUCGAGCAUAAACGCGAUGGAGAUAAAAGAGGGGGACGACGUUUACUUCGAGUGCAACGUGAAGGCGAAUCCGAAGGCUUACAAACUCUCGUGGUACAAAAAUGGGAAGGAAUUACACCAGAACGUGUCCCUCGGGGUUAUAUUGAGCGACCGUUCCCUAGUCCUCCAAAGUCUGACUCGUCACUCGACGGGCGAUUACACGUGUCUGGCGGCGAACACGGAGGGUAAAUCAUCCAGCGAUCCCGUGACCCUCGAAGUGAUGUACGCUCCAAUCUGCAAGGACGGAUCGGUUAUGCAGGUAGUCGGAGCAUUGAAGCACGAGACGAUAUCGCUGGUCUGCGGUAUUCAGUCGAAACCGGCGCCGACAAAUUUUCACUGGACAUUCAACAACUCCGGCGAACUGAUAGACGUGCCGGCGACAAAAUAUUCGCAGGUAGAAUCCGUGCGGUCUUUGACAAAUCAGUGGCACGGUUCAAGAUUGAAUUACACACCGUCCACCGAAAUGGAUUACGGAACUGUCGCGUGUUGGGCGAGAAACCGAGUGGGACGUCAAAGGAAUCCGUGUCUCUUUCAAAUAAUCGUUGCCGGGCGUCCUUAUCCGCUCCACAACUGCACCGCCGUACAGUCUACGGGACCCUACGCUUAUCGGAUGGGGGUCGACGAGCCCAAGUCGACGGACUCCCGAGAGGCGGAUUGGCUGAUAGUGAAAUGCGCCGAAGGUUUUGACGGCGGUUUACCGGUAACCAGUUUCGAAUUGGAAGUCUACAGCGAGGAAACCGUCUAUCAGGCCAACACGAUUUACUCAAACCACACGACGACCGACCGAGGCGGUAGUUUUCCCGGUCCGAUAUUCGAGGUGCCUGGCCUAGAACCCGGAAGAAACUACAGACUUCUAUUGUACGCCAUUAACGCCAAGGGGAGAAGCGACCCCGUCGUAUUGGAACCGAUAACGCUCAAAGGGGUCGCCAUGUACACGACCGGUCGCGACUCGUCGGAAUCGAGCGACUACAGUUUACUGGUAGCUUGUUUCGCCGGUGGUAUAACGGCGUUCGGUAUACUGGUCGUCGGAAUAACCCUGACGUUGUACCGUCGAAGUCAUCCGUCGCGACCUUCGAAGGCCGGAGUUAUACCCGGUCAGAUAGUCCUUCAAUACGAGCCGAAGGACGAGAAUCGCCAACCUCGCGUACCUCGGAGUAAUUCGGUGUCGAAGGUAAAGGAGACGAUCAUUCCGAGGGACGGCAACCAGGCGGUAACGGAUUCGCUCGACGACGAUCCCGACGUCAUUCCGAACUGCAAGCUCGAUCGCAGACCGGAUAUAUUCGAGCCGACUUACGCCAAGAAACCGGAGAGAAUAAAAAACUUCGCCAGUAUCGAGGACCUCGGCUAUCCCUCGCCGUCGUCCGUACUUCACGGCAAAGAUUCGUGGAUUUAUUCCGAAGGUUUCACGGAACGUCCCGGAAGCAAACAAUUAAGUCCCGUCAGACCAAACACACUUCCCGUUCAUCGUACGCACGAUAUCUACACGAGAAGUUCUCGCGUACAAGAAAGUUGUAUAUAAUGAUUAUUAUUGCUUCUUAUUGAAAAAAAAAAUAAUAAAUAAUAAUUUGGAGAAAAAAAAAAAAAAAAACUAAAAACUAAAAACUAAAUUAUUCAUGUUAUAUUAAUAAUUAUUGGAUAUGGAUAGAUUAUAAACGAUGAUUGGCUCAAAAUAAAAUUCACCGGCGAAAGACGGAACAAAAUUAACCAAAGAAAAAAAAAAAUUCAAGAAAAGAAAAAAAAAUGAAAAUGUAUAUCAAUGUUUGUACAUAUAGACAAUAAAACAUCCUGUUAUUCAGAUAAGUAAAAUGGAAA